CCGGAAAGCAUCAGCAGCAGCCUACUGUGGGAGAGAACAAACCAGCUUCAGCUGAAGAGGAAAUUAUGAAAAGACGUUAGAAGUGGAUAUGACAUACAUUAUGGAAAUCAUCAAACUGUUUCACGAAGCAAGCCGUAAUUUGGAAUCUUGGAAAAAACGGAAAGGAGGAAGUCCAAAGAACACACUACGUCGAGAAUUGGAAGCAAACAUGAAAAGGAUGAAUAAAAACUGGAAAGGAUUGCUCAGCACAGAGUUGGAUGGAGAAUGCUAAUGAUCAGCCAAUGCUCUUCCACGAGGGAUAAGAGGCAUAAGUGAGCAAGUUUCAGUCUAAGAAAUUAUUAUUAUUAUUCACAAACAGCUAAUGGGUACAUAAGUUUUGUGAAUAAGCCACUUUAAGUUAUUUCAGAAAUGCAAUGAAACACAUGUUUCAGUAACGUUAGCAUAAUAUCUGCCAUAUUUAAGCAGGUUUUAUGGCAUUGCGAAGAAUAUUGAGAUAAAUUUCAGUAACUUAUUGAUAUUUAGGUUCCCUUGAGAUAACUUUGAAUGGUCCAUCGGAUGGAGGGCUAUGUGCUACAUUUAUUUUGUUACGCUAUAUCCAGACGUGCUUACAAUUAUUUAGAUCCUAAAGUACAUAUGUCGCUCGCGAUUGUUCACCAGUAGUUAUUGGUUUAAGUUUGUACAUAUGGUCCCAUAGUUGGUCUACGUAACCUUCUAAAUCAUACAGGCGUAAGUAAGUAAUUGUUUCAUUUCAGCAAGUUACAUAGUGUGACAAUGCAAACCUGACCAGCUGUUCAAGUUUUUUGAUUAUCAUUAGGGUUCGAGGCUGUUAAUAUGACGAGUUACUAUAUUUGGUUUCCUCAGUUGCUAUCAAUUGAGUGCAACAUUAUAUCAGUCGUUUCAACAGUCAAAUCGUGUACGUAGUCAAAAUAUUUAGUUUUAAAUGUCUUUAUUUUGAGUUUGGAUGGAUUUAAUAAAACUACCGUACACUUUUCACUUUUGGCACUGAAUUUUUUUAGCCAUAAUUUUUACAUAGCAUCUAUAAUUAUCUAGUGUUUUUUCAUAUAUAGUCAUUCCUUACUCGCCUCUCGGUCAGCAUGCAAAGAGAUAAUGCUCAAGCAAAUAUUUCAAAUAAUACAAUAUCUGGUAAUUCGGAUUCUGUCAUGGAUCAGCUUGGAACAACUACUGCCUUGAUGAAUACAUCUUCCAAUGUUGGAAGUAGACCAGUUUCUGGAUCUCCUCGUACACCUGGUUCUGCUGGUAGAUCAAAGGUAUUCGACCAAAUAUUUUUGUCACGCGUUGCCGUCGUCGGGUCUUUCACGAUUUAUAUUGGUUACAAUGAUAUCUUGUUAGUUCAGUUAUUCUGCUCAUCUGUUCCGUCAAAAUACGUGUUAUUGUCUCUGUGGACGGAUUCUAUAAUGUAUAGAAAGGCUGGGAUUGCAUCAAUUAAAAGCAAAUCGCUUGCUCAGUCGAAGUACAAAGAAAAAAGUGAUGAGUUAGCAGGAAAUCAGAUAACAACACUAUCACGACAGUUUGAACAAGUUCGUCAGUCGCUUGAAUUAUUUGCGAGCAAACACGGGAACAAGAUUAAAGAGGAUCCACAGUUACGUUCACAAUUUCAAGCAAUGUGUAGUAGUAUUGGUGUUGACCCUAUAGCAUACAGUCGUGGGUGUUGGUCAGAAGCAUUAGGUUUGGGGGAAUUUUACUACCAUCUAGGUGUGAAAAUUAUUGAAGUAUGCAUGGCUAACCAAAAACACACUGGAGGCAUUAUACCUCUCCAUGAAUUGGUAUCUCUAUUAAACAAAAACAGAACACGAUAUGAGUCUGAAGUUAGUGCUGAUGACGUAAAAAGGUCUAUCAGAAAACUGCGUUGUCUAGGAACAGGGUUCAGUCUCAUUAGUCUAUCUGGUGGUCGGUUAUUGGUCCAGUCGGUUCCAGGUGAAAUGAAUAUGGAUCAAACUUUGGUGUUGGGGCUCGCAGAAAGUUCUGAUAGUCAUGUAACAGCAUCAGCCGUAAUAGAUAAAUUUGAUUGGACUAAAGAUCGUACAGACGCUGCCUUUCGCCAUUUAAUGCAAGAAGGUAUUGCAUGGGUUGAUGAUUUAGAUCCUUGUGGUGAAAGAGUAUUUUGGUUUCCUAGCUUAAUGGGCUCAAUAAUUACAUCAUAA